UGAACCGACAGAGACGUAGGAAGCCAGCAAACAUGCCCACAAUCACUCUGCCGCCGAAGGAGAACGCUCUCUUCAAGAGGAUAUUGAGGUGCUACGAACACAAGCAGUACAGAAACGGCCUGAAGUUCUGCAAGCAGAUCCUGGGCAACCCAAAGUUUGCUGAGCAUGGAGAGACGCAGGCCAUGAAGGGUUUAACCCUAAACUGUCUGGGCAAGAAGGAGGAUGCCUACGAGCUGGUAAGACGAGGCCUUCGCAACGACCUCAAGAGCCACGUCUGCUGGCAUGUGUACGGCCUGCUGCAGCGCUCAGAUAAAAAGUACGACGAGGCCAUCAAAUGUUACCGCAACGCUCUGAAGUGGGACAAGGACAAUCUGCAGAUCCUGAGAGACCUCUCCCUGCUGCAGAUUCAGAUGAGAGACCUGGAGGGAUACAGGGAGACCCGGUACCAGCUGCUGCAGCUCCGUCCAGCCCAGCGGGCCUCGUGGAUCGGAUAUGCUGUAGCAUAUCACCUGUUGGAGGACUUUGAGAUGGCCGCCAAGAUCGUUGAGGAGUUCCGCAAAACGCAACAGACGUCCCCAGACAAGGUGGACUACGAGUACAGUGAACUGCUGCUGUAUCAGAACCAGGUUCUGAGGGAGGCCGGCCUGCACAAGGAGGCCCUGGAGCACCUCAACAACUACGAGAAACAGAUCUGCGACAAACUGGCCGUGGAGGAAACGAGAGGAGAGUUGCUGCUGAAGCUGGAGAGGCCCGAUGAAGCUUGUGAGGUCUACAGGAGUCUACAGGAGAGGAAUCCUGAGAACUGGGCCUACUACCAGGGCCUGGAAAAGGCCUUAAAGCCAGGAAGUGUAGAGGAACGUCAGAAGAUUUAUGAGGACUCCUGGGUGAAGUUUCCUAAAGGCCUGGUUCUCCGAAGACUGCCUCUCAAUUUCCUCACAGGGGAGAAGUUUUGUGAAUGUCUGGACAGCUACCUUAGGAUGAACUUCAGUAAAGGCUGCCCACCCGUCUUCACUACCCUCAAAUCCCUCUACACCGACAAAGAAAAGGUUACAAUCAUUGAAGAAUUAGUAGUUGGCUAUGAAACCUGUUUAAAAACCUGUCGAAUGUUUAGUGAAAAUGAUGAUGGGAAGGAGGAGCCCCCCACCACCCUGUUGUGGGUUCAGUAUUUCCUAGCACAGCACUUUGACUUCAUAGACCGGCCCGGCCUCGCUCUGGAGUACAUCAACACCGCCAUCGACAGCACGCCAACGCUCAUCGAGCUCUUCCUCAUCAAGGCCAAGAUAUACAAGCACACAGGCAACAUAAAGGAAGCAGCUCGGUGGAUGGAUGAAGCUCAGGCCCUGGACACUGCUGACCGCUUCAUCAACUCCAAGUGUGCCAAGUACAUGCUGAAGGCUGGCCUCAUCAAGGAAGCAGAGGAGAUGUGCUCAAAGUUCACACGGGAGGGGGCGGCUGCAGUAGAGAACCUGAAUGAGAUGCAGUGCAUGUGGUUCCAGACCGAGUGUGCCUUGGCCUACAAGGACAUGAACAAGUUUGGAGAGGCACUGAAGAAGUGCCACGAGAUUGAGAGGCAUUUUGUGGAGAUCACAGAUGACCAGUUUGACUUCCACACCUACUGCAUGAGGAAGAUGACGUUGCGCUCCUAUGUGGACCUGCUGAAGCUGGAGGACGUGCUGCGGCAGCACCCUUUCUAUUACAAAGCUGCUCGAACUGCCAUCCAGAUCUACCUGAUGCUGCACGACAAACCUCUGACCGACGACAACAAGGAGAGCCAGGCAGACAACGAGAAUCUGACAGACAAGGAGCUGAAGAAACUGCGCAACAAACAGAGAAGAGCCCAGAAGAAGGCCCAGUUAGAGGAGGAGAAAAAGAACGCAGAGAAGGAGAAACAGCUAAAGAACCAGAAGAAGAAGAAAGAGGACGACGAUGAGGAGAUAGGAGGACCGAAGGAGGAGCUAAUACCAGACAAACUGGCCAAGGCAGAGAAUCCUCUGGAGGAGGCUGUGAAGUUCCUGAUUCCUCUGAAGAACCUUGUGCGCAACAAGAUCGAGACUCACCUCCUGGCCUUUGAGAUCUACUUCAGGAAAGAGAAGUACCUGUUGAUGCUUCAGUCGAUAAAGCGGGCUGUAACCAUAGAGCCCUCCAACCCAUGGCUGCACCAGUGCCUAGUGCGCUUCUUCAAAGGAGUGCGAGAGAGUGCAGACCUGGCGGAGGCAGUGAGGAACGUGUUGAAGCAGGAGAUCUCCAGGCUGUUUGGGGAGAGCAACCCUCAGAGCUUCAACAAGAACUACCUGAGUCAACACUCCAGCUCCAUCCCACACCGACUGGCCGCUGCUAAGAUGAUGGUCUACCUGGAGCCUCUCUCUGAUAAGAUGGCCUGUGAGAUAGCGACGGCCCUGGAUGAGUCACUGUCCGGAAGAAACAUCCAGAUCUGUACUGAGGUGCUGGAUGCUCUGCGUGACGGCCAGCUGGGCGAGGACCAACAGAAGGCCGCUGAGGCCUACCGAAUCGCCUGCCAUAAGAUCUACCCCUACAGCCUGGCCUUCAUGCCUCCCGGUUACCAGGACAACAACGCCACAAUCAGUGCCAACGGCGACCUGUCGUCAGGAGAGCACGACGACUUGGCAAACGAGAUGUGAGCUUGGGACGAGGAGGAGGUGCGAACACGCCGCCAGACACCCUAGUCUGCCAACACCCCACCCACCCCCACCCCACCCCA